AUGAACGUUACACGUUCGUACCGAAGUCCAAUCUACCAGGAAUCGCAGACUCAGAAAUUUACACACAUUGCAAAAUUCAACAGCUCCCACGCCUCGUUUUUCAAACAGCUACCGGACACGAAGGAAUUUGCGAUUGCUUUCCAAGCAGCAAGACACAUCUGUAAGCAUCAGCUGAUUUACCUCCUCUCGUACAUCGAUGUGCAUCCAGCCGGUCUCGAUAUACGCCCGUGUGUUGUACGACCAACUAAGAGCCUGUCGGAAAAGCGCAUGAGUUCUUACUCGUAG